UCGCUCGCCAUCCCUCAACGGUAUUCUCCGCAGCCCAUUCCUCCUCUCCUCUCCUCUUGACGAGUUCUUUCGCAUCGUCCCCUGUCGAUCACAAUAAACAGCACAGCAUUGCUCGAAUCAAACCAGCUUACCAGCAACCAGCUGCUAGCUAGCUAACAAAGCCUGUCAUGGACGGCACCAAGGCGGGUAGAGAGAAGCCUUUAUCGGCCGGCAGCGACGCUGAUGCCGUGCCGUCAUCCCCGCGAGCGGUCCGACAAACGCCGUUGUCCGAAGCGCCCGCGGCGGGAGGCCUGGAGAACGCCGGCGGCGGCGAGGAGGAGGACGACGAGCAGGUGGAGAGGUUCUACGCGCUGCUGGCCAACAUCAGGGCCUUGAGGGGCGCGUACAGCGCCGCCGCCGACAUUGGCACAGAUGGUGGCGAGGCACACUGCGGUGGGGCGAGAAAGCGGUUGACGGGCGCGGAGCCGCCGUGGAGGCCGGCGUUCAGGCUGGAGGACUUCGAGGACGCCGCCGACGCUGAGACGAAGCGGAGAAAGGACUCGUCGCUGUCAACGGGGAAGCAGCGAGCGGACGACGAGGAGUGCUCGGAAGCCCAUGCCUGUCGAGCCGCCUCGUCGUCGCCGCCGGUCGGCGAGGAUUUACAGAUCUUUCACAGCAAGAAAACAUCGUGGCAGCAAGAAAAUGCAUAAACGUGUGCUGUAAGCGUCUGUUUAGUUGAGCUUGUAGAGUAGUUUUUUUAGCUGAAAUUAGUCAGCUCUUUUGAUUUUUAGUUUUUUAUAAAAUCUGUGGGGUGAUUUUUUAAAAUAAAAUAGAAAUUGUGAGAAAAAAAUUAACUUUCUC